UCCUGUCUCCGAUCUGAAAGAGACAACAACAGUCACUGAACGUUGAUGUCAAAAACUUCCGUAAUGUCACAUCAAAAUUAAAAAGGUAGCGGUGGUGAUCGGUUGCUUGGCGUUUAAUGCCAGACAAAAAUAAUAAAAUUUCAUGGCAUAAAAGGGAAACUUUUUCAUCGAUAAUCCGAAAUUUUGUAACAAAAUCGAUUUGGCAACGCGAAACAAACAAAUUCCGAUAAACAAUGGGACGAUCGCCUUCACCAGUUCGUCGACGACGAGAUAAAGAUAGAGAACGAGAGAAACGUGCCAGGAAACGAUCACGAGAUCGUGGUGGAGAAAGAGAUCGUGACCGUUCCAGAGACAACAGAGAUCGCAGAGACCGUGACCGCGACAACAGAGAUCGCAGCAGGGAUAGAACUAGACGAUCGAGAUCAGCAUCAUAUGAACGUGACCGCAGCCAGCAUGCAUCGACGUCAUCGCGCAGUAAGCCACAAGAACGGCCAACCGUUACCGAAGCCGAUCUCGAGGGUAAAUCGCCCGAAGAGCAAGAAAUGAUGAAAACGAUGGGUUUCUGUGGCUUCGACACGACGAAAAAUAAGAAAGUCGAAGGAAACAAUGCAGGUGAAGUGCACGUCAUUUUGAAGCGGAAAUACCGACAGUACAUGAACCGUAAGGGUGGCUUUAAUCGUCCAUUGGACUUUGUUGCCUGAUGGUUGGACAAUGAAUUGUUUUGUCAGCCGUUGUCACAGUCUUUACGGUGUAUCGGUCUGAUUUAUUUCCGGCACUUUUUUUCGUCUAAUUUAAUUUUACGGAAUAGUUUUUAACAGAAAUUAUUUUCUUUGUUUUGUUUACACAAAUAACGGGCAUAUUUACACUGUUUUUUCAUAAAAUAAUUAACAGAAAAAUUUUACAGUUAAAUUAUUUACAAUGCAAUAGAACAGGUUUUACACACACUCACACACACACACACACAUUUUUAUAUACAAUGCAAUAGCCAAGUUAAUCAACCCCCCAACACACACACACACUCAAACACACAAAUAUAUAAUCAAUAGUUAAAUGCAAUAGCCAGGGAUUUUUUAUAUAAACAGUUUCAUAGUCUAUAUUGGAAUUUAAAAAAUUGUUAUCAUCAUUUUCAGUUUUUUUUUUCUACCAAAAUAUACCUCACAUAACCAAAACACCCCACAAACCACUCACACUCAUACAAAUCAAACACCAUUCAUCAACACGUUAUUAACUUAAAAGUUUUAUGAAAAAUACCUCAGUGAAUAUGAAUUCAAAGUACACAAUAAAAAGAUGAGAAAGAAGUACCGUUGUUAACAAAAAUAUUGAAGAUAGUGAAGAAAAGAAGAAAAAAUAUUUUUUAUUGAAUGAGAUUGUAAUUAAGUGAAUGAAAAAUAACCAAAAAAGAAAAUAAAACAAAAAAUUUGUAAAAUUAAUUUGAAACAAUAAAAAGGCAAAACUUUUUACCUUUUAAAAGUUUAAGUAAAAUACGAAUCCAGAUCUCUUCAGGUCCUUAAAACUUUUAACCCACUUUUGAUCACACAACUUUGGCAGUUAAUUUUAGUUUCUAAUAAUCAUUUAAUAACCAUGUGUCUUAAACAAUAACUUAUAAUUAUUAAUUAUAAACCUUACAACUUUGUUUUUUAAUCGUAAUUAAGUUCUGCGAAUCCCAUUCAUUAAGUCAGAGGACAUUUUGACCUGUUUAUUUUUGAGUAAGUUUCGAUGGAAAAUGUAACCAAAAACAAGUCUUAGUAUAGCUAAAUGUACAACGUUAGAAUGUACGCGUACUCGAAGAAACCGAAAUUUUUGUUUGUUCAAAUUGAAUGUAAAAAACCGUAAUUCCCAAAUCAAAUAAAAUGUUGAAAAUCUUUUAAAAA